UACCGGCGUCAUUUGAUCCUGCCUCUGGCUCUUUAAAGGAAUGAAGGAUGAACUUAGUGAAUGGGGACCAGGAGCUGAGCACUGUGGCCGAGAGAAGGUUAAAGAAGCGCGAGCGAGAAUGAGCGCCUCGCAGCAGCAGGUCGCGUUCAGAAAGCAGCGCGAGUGAAAGAGUGAGGGAGUGAAGGAGCUCGGAGCUCUCAGCCCUCAGCCCUGCAGCCGCGAUGUGAUGAUGUGCCGGUUGGAGAAGCGGAGCGAGAGCGAGUAGAGAAAGGACGGCCGUAAGGACCCCAGGAGCCCUCAACAGGCCACUUGUGAAACCCUUUAGAAAAUGGCUGCCAGGCAGCCCCUCACAGGGGGAAAGCGGGAGAGAGGCCGAAAGAGAGAAAGACCCCCUCCUCCCUCGCUCAUAUCCGUAAUGGCACUGUCAUGCAGAAAGACUGCAUUGUGUAGGCCUGGAUCCUGUUUCUCCCGGGGCCUGUAAUUAAGAAGGGAUUGCAUGGGCUGGGAUAUUUGGGUGCUUGCUUCGGGGGAAGGGAUCGGUCUGGUUUGGUAAACUGUCUACAAAGCGCAUAGUUGGACCUGCCCUGCCGCUGCUGUCCUGGAGCCCUAUGCACGCUUACUGUUCAACACCCACACACAACCACAGAGUGCCAGCUCAGGCCCAGCUGGAGCUCGCCAGAAAACGCUGUCUGCUCUGCAUACGUUCGGAGAGGAAGAGAGAGAGAAGGAGAGGAUCUGAGAAAAAAAAGAAACCUUUUGUUUAGCGUCGUCAUUGUAGCAUUCAGUUUGCUUUUCUCCAGUUACCAAGGUGAUCCCUGAGAAGUGUGCUCUCCUUUUGACAGAAGGAAACAAUAAAAGGAGUGCAGGUUGCUACAUUGCUCUGUGGGCACAGAUGGCAGAGGUGAUGGAGGGUGGUGCAGCGGGUGCAGUGGUGACUGUGCCCAGUGCCAGUGUGGACUGGCAGAAGAGAUGUGUUGCUCUGGAGAUGCAGCUGCUCCGCUUCCGACUGCAGGCAGGCAAAAUCCGGCAGUUACUGGCUGAGAAGAUGCAAGAGCUGGAGCAGAGAGUGACCGAGGCUGACCAGCGGGCUGAGAAUGCUGAGAAACAGGUACAAAUAAUGGAAGAGAAGCUUAAAUCAGCAAAUGUGCAACCCAGCGAAUCAGAAAGCUCCUUAUACAGACGAUAUCAAGAGCUGACCAGUCAGAUGCAGGAAAAAGAUGUGAUGAUAAAGAGACUUGAAACACAGCUGGAAAAACAGAGUCUGGUUCGGGCCCAAGAAGCCAAGAUUAUAGAGGAGAAGGCAGCCAAAAUCAAAGACUGGGUCACGUUCAAGUUAAGAGAAAUGGAGAUGGAGAACCAGCAGUUAAAGAUAGCCAACCUGAAGCAGGCGGAGCAGAUUGUCCUACUCCAGGACAAGCUCCAAACUCUGCUGGAGAGACCCACAUCUCCUGCUUCUCCCCAGUCUCCAGUGCUUGAUGCUCACCUGGUUCCUUCCAGCCCCCUGCACCCCCCCAGCUGCCCUGGAACACCCCCAAUACAGGAUGAGGGCUGGAGACUGACAGGCUCACGCAUGCCUUUGUCCAGCUUUACUACAGAUGCUAAGAGGAAGGCCGUGGAUGGUUUAGACUCUCCUUACCACACUGCACCCAAACUCCUGCCUCUACAUGACAGAGGAGACAGUUCUCUGAAGCCUGGCCUGGCCAGAGGUGAUCCUGGAGCAGCAGAAGGGCAAGAUGGGCUGGAGCCUUCUGUGGCUGUGCCCCGGGAGAGGGGGAUGGGAGGUGGUUCAGACAGAGACCACUCCUCUGAUGAGCUCAACAGCAAGUUCCGCUCUCAGUGCCUUCGCUCUUCUUCUUCUUCUUCAUCUUCCUCUUCCUCCUCUGCCUAUGAGACCUCUGGCCCAAGUGGCUUUGACACACCUACCCCAACUCCCAAAAGCCCUCUUCCUAUGUGUGUCCCUUUUUCUGUGGGCCGCGGUCCUCAGUCAGGCACAAGUAUGACUUUGCCCAAAGUACGUACCCCUCUGACACCUCGGGACAGCAUCCAACUGGUAAAGAAGCACCACAGUCAGCCCCAGCCAGGGCUGGAGUGCCUCCACCAAGUCAACGUCAGCAUAGAUAUUGGAUCCUGCCUAGCCUCGUCGCGCCGCAGCCUGGCCCCAGCUUCUGUAUCGACACUGGGAGUGGAGGAGACUGACAUAGAUGAAGGGCCGCCCGAGACCAUGGAAGGGGUGGUGGAAGGUUCAGCUGCAGAAGCUGUGCCCCAUGAUGGAGUGUCAUUUGUGGGGUUGGCUGAGGAGCUGGAGAUGCUUGAUCCGGAGGCUUUGAAACCACCAACACCACCUCUGCACCGCUUUCCUUCCUGGGAGAGCCGUAUCUAUGCAGUGGCAAAAUCUGGCAUGAGAGUCUCUGAAGCAAGCCCUGGAGCCAGGAGUACAGGGAGAGUGAGAGGCCAGGACUUGUUUGAUGUCACUUCCUCUCACCUGGGGGAACACACACACACCUGUGCAGUGUCCACCCUGCCUCAGUACCCUGCAGCUGGUCCUUUCACACAUCUCAUCUACAAGAACAUCAGUGUGCCAGUCUACUCUACACUCAAAGGGAAAGCCACUCAGAUCAGCAGCGUUCCUCUCCCUGAUGAUGACUCGGGUUCAGAGGAUGACAGCAGCUCGCUGGCCAGCCUGCGCACCUCAGCAUUGGGGCCAGAGAGAAAAGGCAGCACCCCUGGAAGCCCUCGUGCCGCAAAAAGAGGGGUGUCUAUGUCUUCUGUCAGUUCAGAAAGUGAUUAUGCGAUCCCUCCAGAUGCCUAUUCCCUGGACAGUGACUACUCUGAGCCUGAGCAGAAAGUACAGCGCACUUCAUCAUACUCUUGCGAAAGUGUUGGACCUGAGACUCUAGAGAAGUCAGGCUAUCUGCUGAAGAUGGGCAGCCAGGUGAAGGCAUGGAAGAGGCGCUGGUUUAUCCUGAGGAAUGGAGAAAUCCUAUAUUAUAAAUCUCCAUGGUAUUGUGAUGGCACUUCCCCCAGCUGCUCUGUAUAUGGGCAGAGGACAUUGUUUAGCUGGGGUGCCACUGUGAGUGACGUGAUCCGAAAGCCUCAGGGUCAGAUUGAGCUAAACUCUUCCUGUCGUAUAGCCCGCGGAGAGGGGGCACAGACAUUCCAGUUAAUCACAGAAAAGAAGACAUUCUACCUGACUGCAGACUCCCCCAACAUCCUGGAGGAGUGGAUCAGAGUUCUUCAGAGCAUUCUUAAAGUCCAGGCUAGCGGACCCAUCACAGUAGAGAUGCAAACUAAGCCCACAGUGCGGGGCUGGCUGACUAAGGUUAAACAUGGCCAUUCAAAGCUAGUGUGGUGCACCUUAAUAGGGAAAGUGUUCUACUAUUACCGCAACCAGGACGACAAGUUCCCAUUGGGCCAGCUUCGUGUGCGAGAGGCACGAGUAGAGGAGGUGGACAGGUCAUGUGACUCUGAUGAAGAUUAUGAAGCAGGAGGGCGGGGCUUUCUUUCUUCUCACUGUACACUGGUGGUCCAUCCCAAAGAGCAAAGCCCCACCUACCUGCUCAUUGGCACCAAGCAAGAAAAAGACACCUGGCUGUACCACCUGACAGUGGCAGCAGGCAGCUGUGCUAGUCUUAAAGUGGGCACAGAAUAUGAGCAGGAGAUUGGCAAACUGCUGGAUUUGGAUGGAGACCCAGACUCUUUACUGUGGAAACAUGAGGUGCUGUGCUUCAGUAAGGAUGGCCUGCAAUCACCUCUGACCACUCUGCCCUCGGAGGCACUUCAAACAGAGGCCCUCAAACUCUUUAAGUCCUGUCAGCUAUUCAUCAAUGUUCUGGUGGAAGCGCCCUCCAUAGACUAUCAUACCUCACUGGCCCAGAGUGCACUACAGGUCUGUCUGACACACCCUGAGCUGCAGAAUGAGAUGUACUGUCAGCUCAUCAAGCAGACCAACUGCCGCACACCCAGCAACUACUCUCUCACACAGUGUUGGCAGCUGUUAUCGGUAUGUGUGGCCCUUUUUCUGCCCCAGCAUCGCUUCCUUUGGUACCUGAGGCAGUACCUGCAGAGAAACGCUGAUCCCAAAAGUGAAGUGGGGAAGUAUGCGGUGUACUGUCAGCGGUCAGUAGAGAGAGCGCUGCAGAAUGGAGAACGAGAGGCCAAGCCUUCUCGUAUGGAGAUUGUGUCUAUUCUGCUAAGAAACCCGUACCAUCACUCACUACCUUUCAGCAUACCUGUCCACUUCAUGAACAAUACCUACCAGGUGGUGGGGUUUGAUGGUUCCACCACAGUGGAGGAAUUUGUGAACACGCUGAACCAAAGAGCAGGCAUGAGGAAGCCUCAGCUCUCUGGCUUCGCCCUCUUCACUGACGACCCCUCAGGAAAAGACCUGGAGCACUGCCUGCAGCCUGCUGCCAAGAUAUGUGAUGUGAUCUCGAAGUGGGAACAGGCCCUGAAAGAACUGCAACCUGGGAAGUAUGAGGGGACACGCAUUGUUCGUUUAACAUACAAAAGCAGGCUGUGGUUCCGAGCACAGGCGAAAGGGGAGACUGAGAGAGAGCGCCUCCUGCUGGCAUAUCAAGUGAAUGAAGAGGUGCAUCAAGGACAUUUUCCUGUCAACAAGGAGUUGGCCCUGGAAGUGGCAGCGCUAAUGGCCCAGGUGGAACAUGGGGACUUGGAUCGGACAACUGCAUCUCCCAGCGGGUCUCCUCAGUCUAAGAUCCAACAGAUACUGCUGCAGGUUCUGGAACGGUUCUACCCCAAACGCUACAAACAAGACUACAGCAUGGAGCAACUCCGGGAACUGGCUGAGCGGCUGGCCGCUAAGUGGUCUGUUCUGCGGGGUUGCACUGCUGCCGAAUGUGUGAGGAUCUAUUUGACUGUGGCACGCAAAUGGCCCCUGUUUGGAGCCAAACUAUUCAGUGCCAAACCAGUGCCUCCCUCUGCGUUACAGCAGACACAAGUGUGGCUUGCUGUCAGCGAGGACGGGUUAAGUGUGUUAGAUUACUCCAUGCACCUGUUGGUCACUUACCCAUACCAGUCAGUGAUUACCUUUGGAGGGUGCAAGGAGGACUUCAUGGUGGUGGUCAGCCAGACUAAAGACCAGGCUUUGGGGAAGAGGACUGUGGACAAGCUUGUUUUUGCGAUGGCUAAGCCAAAGAUUUUAGAAUUGACUCUGCUGAUGGCCAGCUAUAUCAACUACUGGACGUCAGGCCUUCCAGCAGCCGGGAAUCAGACGCAGCCCUCCACACUGGCGUCUCGAGGAGACAGGAAGCUGUGGGACAUUGACAGCAGACACUUCCCCUCAAUGACAUACACAACCAAAGGCCCCACACUUUUGUGAGGGCUUAACAGUUCCGAUAACAGACAGUCCAAACAUGUACACAGGGUACUGAGAGAGCUAAAGCCGAAGAUUUCCUCUGUCUUGCGUAAACACCCUCUGGUGGUCAUCAUGGUCUUUACGCAGUAUUUGCAAUUGCACAGACCUCAAACUUCUGAGUGGGAAGUGGGAUGAAAAGCCAGAACAUGAAUUAUUUUUUGUCAUUCAUCACGUGAAAAGAUUAAAUACUUGCAAAAAAGAAGGACAAGCAGUCCUGUUAUUUAUAAGCUACACAUUCCUUGGACCCUUACUGUGAGCCGCUCUGCGAGUGGGAUUUCAGGGUCACGCAGCCCCUCUACUCCUCUCUUUCCUACCACUUCUCUACUCAAUUAAGAUGGAAAAGAGGUUUUGCCAGUGCCUGAAAAGAGAGAGUACAGACCACUAGCAAAGGUACUUUUGACUAGAUAUUGACUGAGGCAUAAAGGAAAAAGACAGUAUGUAAAUCAUUAGUGCUUUUAACAAGGGCUUCUAGCUGGAGUUCUGUGCCCAUUUUUUUAAAUCCUGCUUUGAUUCUCUUAGCUGUACCUCUGUUUUGCAUUAUUUUUCAUUUUUAAGGUUUUUUUUGGUUGUUUAUUUGAAUAGUAUGUUUACUGGAGUCUGUCUCAAUGUUUGUACCAUCUCACAUACAUUUCUACACGUUAUAAUUAAAAUUUUAAGGACAAAUAGUUAUGUGCAGAUGACUUUUUGAUCAAAGUAGCCUAAAAAUUGUCCUAAGUUAAAACGCAGAAAUUUUGGGGCUGGAUGACCUCAGACAUUGGCACUUCUGUUCUCUUAUAACUGAAUUAUUACCCAUAAUUAAUUGAAUUGAUAUUUAGUUAUUCUCACUGAUAACAAUUAUUAGUUUUUUAUUUUAAAAAAAGAAAAAAAAAGAAAUAUUACAUUUUUAUGUCAUCCCUUAAAAUGAAAUGAACUGAACAGACUCACCUCUGUUACUACGAUGCAUUGGAAAAUGUGGACUUUUACCAAUCAAUAAAGUACAAAUCUAUUUCACAGGACGGUCACAAAUCAAACGUGUUUACACCUGUUUAAAUCUUUAAUGGAAACUGUUGACAGGGCUGUAGCAUAGAAUAAUGGGACAUAUUACAACAUGCUGCGCUGAUACGCAGUCCUUUAAGAAGGGGAUGUUGAUCUUCUGAUAUGUUGAUGUAGAAAUUAAUCUGCAAAAGAGCUAUCAAAUUAUUGAUUGACUUGAAUUGUUCUAUGGAUCAAACCACUGUCUUGUUUUAGGUAUUUAUUUUGUUUUCAUAACGUUGCUGCUUUUAGUGAAAAACAGCUUGCUUCCCUAAGCCAGUCCUCGCUGAAUUUUCUUGAGUAAUUCCAAGAAGCUAUGGAAUAAUGCCCUCUUCUCACUCUACAAAUAGGCUGUCCAUAGACAAACCGAGAGCGCUGUGAAGGCAUCAAAUCUUUUAUGCAUGAAUAAUUUGUGUUGUAAAUAAAAGGUACGUUGUUCUGCUCUAA